GUGAGCGCAACUACACAGCCCACGCUACUGUUGCGUCCAGCUUUCCUCCCCAUUCACUUAUACUCAGAGAUUUAAACGUUCAUUCUAGAGAUGGCGUCGAUGCUGUAACAAAGUGGCAUUAAGAAAAUCGAAUUAUUUCUAGCAGGAAAUGUUGCACMCAGGAAAAGUGCUUACAAUUUAUUUCUGGUAGUUUUUUGGCUGCCAACGUCAGGAUGGGAUUCCACGCAAAAUCAGAGAAUAAGAAGGCCAUGGAAUCUAUCAACUGCCUCAAAUCAAACUUUUCACAUUGUUUAGGCGGGCUGUUAAUUGUCUUUUGCAUCAUGCUGUCGGUGUGUUCUAUGGCGUUUUGUUUUUUGGUCAACUUCAAGACAUCUUACCUGGAGUACAGAGUGCAUACAUUGGAGAUGGAGAGAAUGUUCCUGAUCCAUCCCGAUGCAUCCGCGCAGGAUGAGAAUGGAACAGUACCUGGUCUCCAGGAUAUCAUUGAAAGACUUGUGCAAGAGAGACUGACCAUAGCACUGCCCAAACUUCGCACUGCCAGGGAKGUCAUUCAAGAGUGCUCCUGUCCUCCAGGGCCUCCAGGAAAACGGGGACGGCUGGGAAGACAAGGCGACCCUGGAUCUCCAGGCUCGCCUGGACGGGAUGGUUACCCGGGCCCACUUGGGAUGGAUGGGAAGCCUGGUGCUCCUGGUCCCAUGGGAAGCCAGGGACUGCUUGGGCCAAAAGGAGACAAGGGAGACCAAGGAGAUAUGGGGCCCAGGGGACUCCCUGCACUCAUGGGCUCUACAGGUGUGCUCAGUAAUCAGAUUCUCACAGUCAAGGGUGAUCAGGGUCAGGCUGGCCCUCCCGGCCCCCCGGGGCCCCCUGGCUCACCAGGUCUCAGAGGACCAUCGGGGAACACAGGGAAGGAUGGGCCCAGAGGUCACCUUGGGGAGCAGGGUCCACCUGGUCGAGAUGGAACUGAUGGAUUAGAGGGACAAAUGGGUCCUCCUGGACGACAGGGUGAGGAUGGACAGCAUGGCAUGCUUGGACCACAGGGGCCUCCAGGGCUAAAGGGGGAACAGGGRCAUGCUGGUGACCAGGGCAGGAGUGGCCUUGAUGGACUACCAGGGAUGAAGGGGGAGAAGGGGGAGACAGGAGACACAGGGCCUCAGGGGGACAUGGGCUUACCCGGAGAGAAGGCUGUUCUUGACUCCUAUGACAUCGGCCUUGGCCAUGUCUUUCAGGGCCCCCCAGGGCCACCAGGGCCACCAGGAGGACAAGGGCCAAAGGGAGAAUCAGGCUCACAUGGUGCACCUGGAGCUGAUGGGGAUAGGGGAGCCAAAGGGGAAAGAGGUGAUGAUGGGAUGCCUGGAGUGGCAGGGGAAAAGGGAGAGAGGGGUCUGACGGGCCUAACUGGGCUUGCGGGAGCUGACAGCAAAAAAGGAGAGAGAGGAGAUUCAAGGUUUGAGGACAAUCUGGCCCAGAUUAUCUCUAUCGCUGGCCCUCCAGGGCCUCCCGGACCUCCUGGGCUCCAGGGAUUCAUGGGACAUCAUGGAAUGCCUGGCCCCAAGGGGGAACCAGGUGAGAUAGUGAAAGGAGAAAAGGGGGAUGCAGGUGACAGAGGACCUCCUGGGUUAAGGGGUAUUCAGGGUCUUCCAGGUUCUACAGGAUUGGUUGGUCUCCCUGGCACCAUAGGGAGAAAGGGAGAGCAAGGAUUGCCGGGAUUAGAUGGUUUCCCCGGGCUGAUGGGAGAAAAGGGGGACAGAGGGGACAGAGGAGAUAAGGGUGACAGGGGGAUGCUGGGAAAGAAGGGACUGAAGGGACAGAAGGGCGAGGAGGGCCCCCCUGGACUGGACCAGCCCUGUCCUGUGGGUCGGGAUGGAUUGCCCAUACCAGGGUGUUCGCAUAAGUGAUGAGUUACCUGGGACAUGGGAUCUGUACAUAUCGAUAUAUAUUUUUCAACUAAAAUUCAAGUGUAGUUUUUUUGUCGUUGCCAAUUCCUAUUUAAUAUGUUGAGGUUUUCAUAUUGGAAUUUGGAUUGUGCGUCUAUCACAAUCAAUAUUUUUUACUUUUUGCAUAUGAAAAGAAAACCUUUUUUUGUUGUUGUUUAGAGAUUAGGUAGAGGAAAGAUAUAGUGCACACAAAGAAGGAGACUGGUUACAAAUGGAAAGGAGCAGCAAAUGCACUCAGCUCCAGAUGGAACAUUUUUGCUGCUUACAGUAUAUCUAAUCGGGGAACCUCAAAUAUAGUAUUAACCUGAAAUACAGUAUGAUUGACUAACAGACUCACUAGUGUUCCCACAUGGAGAUACAGCAUUGGAUUGUGCAACUCAGCCUGCACCUUGCAAAUGAAUUCUACCCCAUCACUCCUGUGAUUGUUGUUUGCUUUGAAAGAACCAACCGUCAUGGCAUGGGCCCAAUGCCAUGCGCCUAUCCCAACGUACAGAUGUAGGCUCUUAAUUUGAGCCAGUUUGCUACAGCAGGAAAAUAAUCCUGCAGCAACAGGAAAUGCGAAGUAUUAUGUGGAUUAU